CUCCGACACAGGCUAACAACAGACCAACCCCUCCAUGCCAGGAACCGCAGCAUCCCGCCAACACUACUCCCUCCCAUCAGCCCGUAACAUGCGAACCCGACCACCAUCACCACCACCACCACCAUCAUCCCACACAGUCACACGCCAGCAAUCCACCUCCUCCACCUCGUCCUCUUUUCCGUCCACUACCGUUCCCCGAAACAACGAUUGAUUCCUGCUAUCCACACUCCCGCAAUGGACUAUACAUCGACGCUAGACCCUGGUACCCCACCACCGCCGGGCUUCACUCUUUCGGACUCCACCGACUGGGAGUACUUCACCGAGGGCGCAGCGAACAUCCUCUUCCGCUAUGUCGGCGAGCAUCCGUACUUCAAGCGGUUCCUUCUGCGGCUGCGGAAGCUUCUUCCGGGAGCCCCGACGACCCGCCAGCUCUUCGACCACAUCAACCGGCGCUUCGCGCCUCUACUCGGAAACUACAUUAUGCGCUGCGAUCUGAUCGAGCUCGACGCCGGCUUGGUGCCGGCACUGAACCGCGUGCUGGAGGAGGAGACGGGCGACUACGAUUGGGCCGGACGGCCGGUGGUCAAGGGUGCACGGCGUCUACUGGAUGAGAAGGAGCAGUGGGGGAUGCUGGUGGAGGACAUGAGCUGUGGGAAUUACCUAUACCCGCCUGAGGAGGACGAGGAGAGGGAGAAGCCCGAGGAUCCCGGCGAGGAGUGGCGCGACAUGGCUACCGUCGAGUUCAAGCCAAAGUGGCUCACGCAGUCCCCAAAUGCUCCGGCGAACUGGACGCUGUGUCGGACGUGUGCGGUGCGGUGCAUGAACGGGAAGCGGCAGGAGGGGAACGUGCCGGAGUACUGUCCGCUUGACCUGGCCUCGGGCAACAAGGAGCGGAUCGAACAGGCUAUCUAUGCCAUCGUCAACUCGCAGAACUCAGUCAUGAUCGCGGAUCCGGCGGGCGAUGAGAGCGACAAUGAGGAUCAGGAGAUGACGGGGACCGAGGAGACACCCGAACAGGUCUCACAUGAGCUGGCGAAGACGCUCGAGGCGAGUCUUAUCACGUUACUCACACAAUUCUUUCGCAACACUACCAUUAUCCCGCUACUCGCCGAGCUGCAGCAUAAAUUUGGCACGAGAGGAGUGUUUACCAGUGCUACGCUCGCCCUAAUGAGUGAUACCGACCAGCUUCCGAGCGAGGAGGAGAUGAUAAAUGCCGCCUUGCAGGCAGGCGGCCAGGACCCUGCCGAGAAUGAUAUAUGGACCGCUAUGACGCUGAGGGACUGCAGUCUGUUCCUGAAGCUGUGGGUCAGGAAGCAGCGUGGGAGGGGUAUGGAGGCUAGGAUUGAGUGCAAGGUUGGGGAUCUCGACUUGAAGACCGGAGAUGGCGGUAGGGCCGUCUACUGGAGAGAUGUCGAGAGACGGUUGAGGAAGGGCGGGUGGUAUGUCAAGAGGGAUGUGGGGAGGAAUUGUAGGACUGGCCAAGGGAUGGCAUAGACUUGUCGGUAGCAGAAUCCGGCGAUGGUUACGAUGUUACUACAUUGGAGUGUGGUGGGUGCCGCGCUGUGAGUUGCUUGCUUGCUUGCCUUUGCCUGCUUAAAGUAUCUUUGCGAUCCUUGUUCUUUUUUUUUGGACCCGUAUUAUCAAGCAUAAAAGUGGUGUAUGAGUACUGGUAUCAUUGCAUGCUGAGAGGGCGAAUGGGAGUGUUUUGGUUUGAUACUGAUA